GGUAACGCGACGCGAACAAACCUCUAUCGUCUGCUACAACUGGUCGUAUUGUUGGGGUUUUUGGGGGGUUUGUUUGUCCGCGAUCUAGGGAAAUGUAACAAGGAGCCUGAUGGCACGUCUGAUGAUCACACAAUUGCAGACGUCUGUGUGGAUUUGUCCCUCCGAGAAUCCCGUACACGCGAUUUUCUCAACACCUAGGUCCCGAUGAGUGGGGGACACGUCCGAAUUUUGUCCGGCUUUUUUGGAUAAAUUUUACACAAUUGAUCACCUUGACUCUAACGUGUCACAUGUACAUAUUUCGCGCUCGUGAGAUUUUUCACUGAGAUUUUUUUUUUUAGACAUUUGUUUUUCACACACGUUUUUAUUUGGAACACCUCUGUGAACGACACCUCGACCUGGAAAAAUGAAGGGACUUCUGCGUGGCAAGUUCGGUCGUGGCAUUCUGCUGGUCUCCAAAACUUCUAGAUACCAAAUAACAGUCAUCAGUUCUAGGAAGCUAAUGUCUGAGAAAUUUACUAGGUACUACAAGCCACUGUUGGUGUCGCCGCAUUUGAGAUAUUACGCAAAUCCACAACGGGGAUAUGCCAUGGUGGUAGCUAGAAUUUUAAGAGGAGCAUUAAAGAUUCGAUAUCUUCUUUUGGGAGGUGCAGUGGGAGGUGGUGUCACUUUGCAGAAGAAAUAUGAACAGUGGAAAGAUGGACUACCCGAUAUAGGAUGGAUACAGGACAUGAUGCCCAAUGAAAAACAAUGGCAGGAUUUUCGCGAAUCCCUUAUGAUGGUCAAAAGCAAUACCGUGGACAAAAUUGAGAUUGAUCCACGUAUAAAGGAGUUUGGGCUAGCUAAGUAUCAAGAAUAUAAGACGUGGUUUGAUCGAAGGUUGGACGACGCUAUUAAGGCGGCAGAAAGCAAUCAGAAAGAGUACCAAGAGAACAGCUCGAUACACAGUGCAUUUGAUACCAUCUCAAUGGUAGCUAAACAAGCUUACUCAGCAGAAACAAAAGAUCAGUUCUCCAAAAACGUGGUCGCCUUUGCACGUCCAUUGGCCGGCGAUAAUGUUAACGAGGAAGAACGUAAGAAAGCUCAAUCAUCGCAACAAAGAAUGGACGCGAUGCAAGACGAGGUGAUGCAGAUACAACUGAAAUACCAACGUGAGAUAGAGAGAUUAGAGAGGGAAAACAAAGAAUUGCGUAAGCAGAUACUUCUGCGAGGGAGUCAGAAGUUCAGCAACAAAAAGAUCAAAAAGUCACUGAUUGACAUGUACAGCGACGUCUUGGAUGAGCUCAGCGACUACGACAACACCUAUUCUACUGCUGAUCAUUUGCCCAGAGUAGUGGUCGUUGGUGACCAAAGCUCCGGUAAAACCUCCGUGCUCGAGAUGAUCGCACAGGCGAGGAUCUUUCCAAGAGGUGGCGGCGAGAUGAUGACGAGAGCACCGGUCAAGGUCACAUUGAGCGAAGGUCCGUAUCAUAUAGCGCAGUUCAAAGACAGUUCGAGGGAAUUCGACCUCACCAAGGAGUCGGAACUGGCCGAGCUUAGGCGCGAGGUUGAGCUGAGAAUGAAGAACAGUGUCAAGAACGGGAAGACGGUCAGUCCGGAUGUAAUUUCCAUGACUGUGAAAGGUCCGGGUCUUCAACGUAUGGUUCUAGUCGAUUUACCCGGUAUUAUUAGCACUGUAACGGUCGACAUGGCGGAAGAUACUCGCGAGGCGAUCAGACAAAUGACCCAGCACUACAUGAGCAAUCCAAAUGCGAUAAUUCUCUGUAUACAAGACGGUUCCGUCGACGCGGAGAGAAGUAACGUGACCGAUCUCGUAGCCCAAAUGGAUCCGUCGGGUAAAAGAACGAUCUUCGUCUUAACAAAAGUCGAUAUGGCGGAGGAGAACAUGGCCAAUCCCGACAGAUUGCGCAAAAUAUUGUCCGGCAAAUUGUUCCCGAUGAAAGCGUUGGGUUACUUCGCUGUGGUUACCGGUCGCGGCAGACAGGACGAUAGUAUACAAACAAUUAAGGAUUACGAGCAACAAUUCUUCAGAAAUUCGAAAUUGUUCAAAGACGGUCUAGCGAUGUCGGGUCAGGUUACCACAAAGAAUCUGAGCCUGGCGGUGGCCGAGUGCUUUUGGAAAAUGGUUCGCGAAACGGUGGAACAACAAGCGGACGCGUUCAAAGCCACGAGGUUCAACUUGGAAACCGAAUGGAAGAACAACUUUCCGAGGUUGAGGGAACUGGACAGGGACGAGCUCUUCGAGAAGGCGAGAGGCGAGAUUCUCGACGAGAUUGUCAAUUUGUCGCAAGUGUCGCCGCGACACUGGGAGGAAGUGCUGAUGAUUCGUAUGUGGGAGAAGGUCAGCAUGCACGUUUUUGAAAGCAUCUACUUGCCCGCCGCUCAAAGUGGAAACCCAAAUUCGUUCAACACGACCGUCGAUAUCAAGCUGAGACACUGGGCCGAGCAGCAGCUGCCCGCGCGUAGCGUCGAAAGCGGAUGGGAGUGUCUGCAGAAGGAAUUUCAGAAAUUUAUGGCGCAAGCUCGGCUAAGUCCGGAUCACGACGAUAUCUUUGACAACUUGAAGAACUCGGUUGUCAACGAAGCAAUGAGACGCCACUCGUGGGAGGAGAAGGCGUCGGAGAUGCUGCGCGUCAUCCAGCUCAACACGUUGGAAGACAGAAGCGUGAACGACAAACGCGAGUGGGACCACGCGGUUCGAUUUCUGGAGAGCUCCGUCAAGGAGAAGCUGCAGAGCACGGAACAGAUUCUGCGCGACAUGCUGGGUCCCAGUCGCAAGGAUCGAUGGCUCUAUUGGCAGAGCCAGACCGAGGAUCAGCAGAAACGCGCGGCGGUCAAGAACGAGCUCGACAAAAUUCUCUACUCCGAUAAAAAACACGCGCCCACUCUGACCCACGACGAGCUCACGACCGUGCGCAAGAAUUUGCAACGCAACGGAUUGGAGAUCGACAACGAGUUCAUUCGGGAAACUUGGCAUCCCGUUUACAGAAGAUUCUUUCUUCAACAGAGCUUGGCGAGAGCGUACGACUGCAGAAAGGGAUAUUAUCUGUACCACACCGGUCACGAAUACGAGAUGGAGUGCAACGACGUGGUGCUGUUCUGGCGAAUUCAACAAAUGCUCAAGGUAACCGCGAACGCGCUCCGUCAACAGAUCAUGAACAGAGAAGCUCGAAGAUUGGACAAGGAGAUCAAGGAGGUUCUGGAGGAUUACAGUCAGGACAACGAGAUCAAGGAGAAGCUACUCACGGGCAGACGAGUCACACUAGCCGAGGAACUCAAACGGGUCAGACAGAUCCAGGAGAAACUCGAGGAGUUCAUUCAAGCGCUGAACAAAGAAAAAUGAACGCGGCAAGUGUCAACAACAACAACAACAACAAAAAAACUGAACAUUGAGCUGAGUGUCGAAACCCCCCGGUGACUUUGACUCGCUAAUUAAUUAACUCGACGGAGGUGCACGUGGGGGGAGGAGAUAGGUGCGGAGGAUUCUCACAUUUCGCGGAGAAUGUGAAUAUGCGCGCGGAACAUUGCCGCUGUUUGUUUGCUUCUCGGGAAUUGAAUUAUCGAUCGAAAGAACGCCGAGUUGACGCGAGCAAAGUUUGUAGAGAAAAUUACGAUUUAAUUGUGUGAUGUAUAAAAAAAAAAAAAAAAGUAAUUAUAAUAUAUUAAUAUAUUAAGCAAUUAUAUAAAUGAUUUACGUUCUCUUAGAGCGAUUUGAUAUGUGACGGUCUGAAAUCUGUGUAAAAAAACUAUCGACGUUACGUCGAAGACUGAUUGUUUCAUCGAGGUGAUUUGUUGCUCCGCGCGCGAAGGUACGCGGGCAAAAAAUUUAUUGCGGCGAUGGCGUUGCGCGAUCAUGUUGCGGAAAUCAAAUUUGAUUUUAUUGCGCGGCCAGCGUAAAAGCGAAAA